AUUCUCAGUGGGGGAAAAAAAACAAGGGGGGGGGAGGGAAACAGAUUUGUCUUCCUCUCUCGCCAAGAAAAAAGAAGAUGGAGAGGAUGCAGGGAGAGAGAGAGGGAGAGGGAGACCCCCUGGAGCGAACGAGCCCACUGACCGACAAGGAGAGGCUGAUGAUCCAGGACUCCUGGGCAAAAGUCUACGAGAACUGUGAUGACGUUGGGGUGGCCAUACUUGUCAGGCUGUUUGUGAACUUCCCCUCAUCCAAGCAGUUCUUCAGCCAGUUCAAGCACAUCGAGGAGCCGGAGGAACUGGAGAGCAGCGUCCAGCUCAGGAAGCACGCUCGCAGAGUCAUGAGUGCCCUCAACACGCUGGUGGAGAGCCUUGACAACCCGGACAAGAUGGCCUCAGUGCUGAAGCUGGUGGGGAAGGCGCACGCACAGCGACACAAGGUCGACCCUGUGUACUUUAAGAUCCUGAGUGGUGUGAUACUGGAGGUCCUGGGAGAAGAGUUUCCAGCGGUUGUGACACCGGAGGUGGGCGUGGCCUGGACCAAACUCUUUGCUACGAUCUACAGCGGCAUCAAAGCCGUCUAUGAGGAAGUUGGCUGGACAAAGCUCUCAACCUCAACCGGGUGAAGCUUUUAGUCUGGUUUUUAUUGGACCAUGAGUGACUUUUAAUGUUUGGCCAAUGGCUUCAUAAGAGAGGGAAUAAUCAACUGUACUGACCUUUAACGGGAAGCAAUGUAUCUGGGAACCUAUACGGGGAAUACGGAUUAAUGUAGUCUUAGAUAAUAGUGGGCUAUAUGGGACAUAUAAGACAUAUAAGAAUAGGUACUGUGCCCUUUCUAUGGCUAACUGUGUGUAUGUGUGUGUGUGUGUGUGUGAGAAAGAGAGAGCAAAGGGAAAGAAACUGGAGACGUAAACCCGACAGUGGACAAGAGGUCACAUUUGACUUGGAUGUGCCUUCUACCGAAUGUGUAUAUCUAACAGAAAAACAAAGAAAACCCCUGCUGUGUAAAUACUGUUCUUUCUAAAUAUCAUGUGAUGUUUCCCUUAAUCAGCCUGGGCCCACUCGUGUUCGCUUUAUGGGAUAUUCAGAAGACAUUUUUACAUUUUCUAACAGUUAUUUGUGAUGGUUGUACAUUUUUUUCAUUAUGACUCACCUUUCUAUCUGUAUUUAACACAACUUUUAAA